AUCUGAGCAUGUAAUAUUGUUAUCCUUGGAAAGAUAAUGAUCUAAGAAGUGUCACCAUCAUUAUGUGGUUUUCCUCAAUAGACUCUCAGCAGAUCAUUACACAAACAAACCAUGUCAAUGUCUUGAUGUCACUUGUCAUUGGUGAUCAUAAAUUACAUGAUUUGUAUUUAUUCACAGAACCACAUCACCUGAAGAAAUUUAAAAUUGGAGGAACCGUAAAUCAUCUGUGAUUAUUGGUCCCUUCUUCCCUCUAGAGGUGAAAAAGUAGACGUGUGCCAGGGACGGUGGGAGAAAAUUUAGGAGAGUUUUCAUUUGGUUCCCCCCCCCACCCUACACACACACACACAGACACACACAGACACACACAGACACAGACACACACACGCACACACACUCAGAAAGAGAGAGAGAGACAGAGAGGGAGAGAGACAGAGACAGAGCCACACAGAGAGAGAGAAUCAUAUUCCCUUCUUUCUAAGGAAACAGACAAAAGGACACUGGUGUAAAACUUCCCCAGACAAUUCAAUAGGAGGAAGUGCUCGUCACUGACUUUUUCCCCCCACCAUGAAGGCACAUUUCCUUUCUACUCUUUCGCUUCUCUUAUCUGGAAGAAUUUUUUGCCCCCAGUGAAACAUGAACAGCUGUUAACUGGAAAAUGGAGGCAGAAUUUUACGUGGUGGUCCUUACCUGCGUGAUCUUCGGAAGCUCAGAGGGGUUUCAGAUUGUUCAUGUCCGGAAACAAGUGUGCCUUUUAAAAACUGAAAUAGUGGCCAUGGGUUCGUGUAAUGGCACCAACCAGAACCAGCAGUGGAUGUGGACUGAGGAAGCAAAGCUCCUGCAUGUAAAGUCAGCACUGUGCCUGGGCAUCUCCAAUUCAUCAACUGGCACUACCCGAUCAGUCACCUUUGCCCCCUGCUCCCAGGCACCCCAGUGGACUUGCUAUGCAAAUGACGGGUACCUUGAGGUUGGAAAUACUUCUUUCUUUCUCAAGAAACUUAGCUUUAAAGUAGUGGUCAAGAAGGGCAGGAAAUACCUCCAUAGCUGGAUGAAAAUAGAUGUCAACAAGGAAGGAAAAUCAGUUCGUGAAAGACUCUGCUCUAAAAGAGCUGGCCUGGGAGCAGAAGUUUCAGUCAGAAGCAUUAGGAACACUGCUGCUCCCCUAAUCCCCACCACAUUCCAUGUGGUUCCGUAUAGUCUGGCUCAACUUACUAGAAAUACCACAGAGGUCUCUAUGAGAAGUACCACUGAGAACUACAAUCAAAACAGCAGCCUGAAGCAUCAUCCCUCUCCACUGACGACUGGAAUUACAGAUACAUCUUGGGUUCCCUGGACUACUCCACCCUUCUCCCAGACCACCACAGAGACUGUUCUGGGGGAGCCACUGAGAUGUAACUUCACCCUGACUGAGUCCAGGGUCUCCAAUCAGUCGGUGUUUCUCCAGUGGAGGACUUGGGGCUCACCCUGUAACUUUAGCCUCGUCUACAGCAGUGACACCUCGGGGGCCACGGGGGGCCACCCUAUUAGGAUUGACAACAAUACCUAUGGAUAUAACCCCACGGAUCUACUAGCGGGGACCACCUAUAAUUUCAGGAUUGUUUCUCUGGAUGGAGAAGAGAGAACCGUGGUCCUGCAGACAGAUCCUUUACCUCCUUCUAGGUUCGAAUUCAGUAAAGAGAAGACUACUUCAACCAGCUUACAUGUUUGGUGGACACCUUCUUCUGGAAAAGUCACUGGAUAUGAAUUGCAGUUAUUUGCUGAUACCCAAAAGAUACAAGAUAACCAAAAUCUAGAAUUUACUUCAAGGAAUGAUCACACAUUUUUCAACCUCACUGCUGGAAGCAAAUAUAGUAUUGCCAUCACCGCUGUUUCUGGAGACAAACGUUCCUCAACAAUUUAUACCAAUGGAUCAACAGUGCCUUCCCCUGUGAAAGACAUUCAUAUUUCAUCAAAAACUAAUUCUCUCCUGGUUUCCUGGUCCCCUGGCUCUGGGAAUGUGGAAAAAUACCAGCUGAUGCUAAUGGAUAAAGGAAUCCUCGUUCAAGACAGUGUUGUGGAACCAUCUGCUACUUCCUUCACUUUCCAAGGGCUGACCCCUGGCCACCUGUACAACCUCACAGUUGUGGCUGAGGCUGCAGGGCUACAGAACCACAAAUGGCAACUUGCCCGGACAGCCCCUAUGGAAGUCUCGUAUCUGAAGGUGACAAAUGAUGGCUCUUUGACCUCUCUGAAAGCCAAAUGGCAAAGACCUGCUGGAAACGUGGAUUCCUACAACAUCACCCUUUCCCACCAAGGGACCAUCAAAGAAUCCAGAAUGUUAGCACCUCAAAUUACGGAAACUUCCUUUAAAGACUUAACCCCUGGACGCCUGUAUCAAGUUACGGUCAGCUGUGUCUCAGGUGAACUGUCUGCACAGAAGAUGGCCAUGGGCAGAACAGUUCCAGACAAAGUUGGAAACCUGGAAGCAAAUAGCAAUGGUUCCACGAAGUCCCUCGUAGUGAGCUGGUCGCCCCCUGCUGGAGACUGGGAGCAUUAUCAUAUCUUGGUCUUUAAUGAAUCUUUGAUAAUGCUGAACACUACAGUGAGAAAGGAAGAAACACACUAUGUCAUAGAUGGCAUGGGACUCAUACCAGGAAGACAAUAUGAAGUGGAAGUCACUGUUGAGAGUGGAAAUCUGAAAAAUUCUAAACGCUGCCAUGGCAGAACAGUCCCCCUAGCUGUCCUCCAACUUCGUGUUAAACAUGCCAAUGAGACCUCCCUGAGUGUCAUGUGGCAGACCCCUGUAGCAGAAUGGGAGAAAUACAUCAUCUCACUGGUCGACAGAGACCUCUUACUCAUCCACAAGUCACUCCCCAAAGAUGCCAAAGAAUUCACUUUUACAGACCUGGUGCCUGGACGAAAAUACAUAGCUACAGUCACUAGUAUUAGUGGAGACUUAAAAAAUUCAUCUUCAACAAAAGGAAGAACAGUGCCUGCCCAAGUGACAGGCUUGCAUGUGGCCAAUCAAGGAACAACCAACAGCCUGUUUACUAACUGGACCCGAGCACUGGGUGACAUAGAGUUCUACCAGGUCUUACUGAUCCAUGAAAAUGUCGUCAUCAAAAAUGAAAGUGUCUCCAGUGAGACCAGCAAGUAUAGCUUCCACGCUCUCAAGCCAGGCAGCCUCUACUCUAUGGUGGUCACAACAGUGAGUGGAGGGGUCUCUUCCCGACAAGCCGUGGUGGAGGGAAGGACAGUUCCUUCCAGUGUGAGUGGCAUCACAGUGAACAACUCUGGGCGCAGUGACUACCUGGGCAUCUCCUGGCUGCCGGCUCCGGGGGACGUUGAUAACUACGUAGUGACCCUCGCCCAUGGCAGCAUGGUGGUCCAGUCGCUCGUUAUCGCCAAGUCUGUCAGCGAAUGUUCCUUCAGCAACCUCGUGCCCGGCCGCCUCUACAACGUGACCAUAACUACAAGGAGUGGCAAGUACGAAAAUUACACAUUCAGCCAAGAGCGAACAGUGCCUGACAAGGUCCAGGGCGUCAGCAUCAGCAACUCAGCUAGGAGCGACUACUUAAAGGUGUCCUGGAUGCAUGCCACAGGAGACUUCGAUCACUAUGAAGUCACCAUUAAAAACAAAAACAAUUUCAUUGAAACUAAAAGCAUCCCUAAGUCUGAAAAUGAGUGUGAGUUUGUUAAGCUAGUCCCUGGACGAUUGUACAGUGUUACUGUCAGUACGAAGAGUGGACAGUAUGAAGCCAGUGAACAAGGGAAUGGGAGAACAAUCCCCGAGCCUGUUAAAGAUCUAACCUUGAGGAAUCGGAGCACUGAAGAUCUGCAGGUGACUUGGACACGAGCUGAUGGGGAUGUUGACCAGUAUGAGAUACAGCUGCUCUUCAAUGAUAUGAAAGUGUUUCCUCCUUUUCACCUUGUGAACACAGCCACGGAGUAUCGCUUUACUUCCCUCACCCCAGGCCGCCAGUAUAAAAUUCUGGUUUUGACCAUCAGUGGAGAUGUGCAGCAAUCAACCUUCAUCGAGGGCCUCACGGUUCCAAGCACUGUCAAAAAUAUUCACAUUUCUCCCAAUGGGGCAACAGAUAGCUUGACAGUGAACUGGACUCCUGGUGGGGGAGAUGUUGAUUCCUACACGGUGUCAGCCUACAGGCAGAAUCAAAAGGUGGAGUCCCAGACUGUCCCCAAGCAGGUCUCUGAGCACACGUUCCACAGACUAGAGGCUGGAGAACAGUAUCAGAUUGUGGUUGCCUCCGUCAGUGGGUCUCUGAAGAACCAGAUAGAGGCUCUGGGGCGGACAGUCCCAGCAUCUGUCCAGGGAAUUUCUGCAGACAAUGCAUACAGCAGCCAUUCCUUGAUAGUCAGUUGGCAGAAAGCGGUUGGUGUGGCAGAAAGAUAUGAUAUCCUGCUUCUAAGUGAAAAUGGGAUCCUCCUGAGUAACACAUCUGUGGCAGAAACUACUAAGCAACACAAAUUUGAAGACCUAAUACCAGGAAAGAAAUACAAGAUCCAGAUUCUCACUGUCAGUGGUGGCCUUUUCAGUAAGGAAGCCCAAACAGAAGGACGAACAGUCCCAGCACCUGUGACCAAUCUGAGAAUCACAGAGAACUCCACCAGACACUUGGCCUUCACCUGGACUGCCUCUGAAGGGGAGCUCAACUGGUACAACAUCUUCCUGUACAACCCGGAUCGAACUCUUCAGGAGAGAGCUCAAGUGGACCCACAAGUCCAGAGCUUCUCUUUCCAGAACUUGCUGCAAGGCCGGAUGUACAAAUUGGUCAUUGUAACUCACAGUGGGGAGCUGUCCAAUGAGUGUUUCAUAUUUGGUAGAACAGUUCCAGCCACUGUGAGUAAUCUUAAGGGAUCUAACCGGAACAUGACAGAUAGCCUCUGGUUCAGCUGGAGCCCAGCAUCUGGGGACUUUGACUUUUAUGAGCUGAUUCUCUACAAUCCCAAUGGUACAAAGAAGGAAAACUGGAAAGAUAAGGCUCUGACAGAAUGGCGUUUCCGUGGUCUGGUUCCUGGACGGAAGUACACGCUGUGGGUGGUAACUCACAGUGGAGAUCUCAGCAACAAAGUCAUCGGCGAGAGCAGAACAGCUCCAAGCCCUCCAAGUCUUAUGUCUUUUGCGGAUGUUGCAAACACAUCCUUAGCCAUCACCUGGAAAGUACCCCCAGACUGGACAGACUACGAUGACUUUGAGCUGCAGUGGUCUCCCAAAGACACACUCACUGUCUUCAACCCCUACAGCACCAAAAAGUCAGAAGGACGCAUUAUGUAUGGUCUUCGUCCAGGAAGAUCUUAUCAAUUUAGUGUCCAGACUGUGAGUGGUGAUUCCUGGAGAACCUACAGCAAACCAGUUUUUGGAUCCGUGAGGACAAAGCCAGACAAGAUACAAAACCUGCACUGCCGGCCACAGAACUCCACAGCCAUUGCCUGUUCCUGGAUCCCGCCCGAUUCCGACUUUGACGGGUAUAGCAUCGAAUGCCGGAAGAUGGACACCCAAGAAGUUGAGUUCUCCAGGAAGCUGGAGAAAGAGAAGUCUCUGCUCAACAUCAUGAUGCUAGUGCCCCAUAAGAGAUACCUGGUGUCCAUCAAGGUGCAGUCAGCUGGCGUGACCAGCGAGGUGGUGGAAGACAGCACCAUCACAAUGAUUGACCGCCCCCCUCCUCCACCUCCACACAUUCGUGUGAAUAAAAAGGAUGUGCUAAUUAGCAAAUCUUCUAUCAACUUCACUUUCAACUGCAGCUGGUUCAGCGACACCAACGGAGCUGUGAAAUACUUCACAGUGGUGGUGAGAGAGGCCGAUGGCAGUGAGGACCUGAAGCCUGAACCUCAGCAUCCCUUGCCCUCCUACCUGGAGUACAGACACAAUGCCUCCAUUCAAGUGUAUCAGACCGAUUACUUUGCCAGCAAAUGUGCCGAAAGUCCCGACAGCAACUCUAAGAGUUUUAACAUUAAGCUGGGAGCAGAGAUGGAAAGCCUGGGUGGAAAAUGUGAUCCAGACGAGCAAAAAUUUUGUGACGGGCCACUGAAACCACGCACUGCGUACAGAAUCAGCAUUCGGGCUUUUACACAGCUGUUUGAUGAAGACCUGAAGGAAUUCACAAAGCCCCUCUACUCAGACACAUUUUUCUCUUUGCCGAUCACCACUGAGUCAGAGCCUUUGUUUGGUGUCAUCGAGGGCGUGAGUGCUGGCCUGUUCUUAAUUGGCAUGCUGGUGGCUGUCAUCGCCUUAUUCAUCUGCCGGCAGAAAUCAAGCCAUGGCCGGGAUCGGCCUUCAGCCCGCCUAAGCAUUCGCAGGGACCGACCAUUAUCUGUCCACUUGAACCUGGGCCAGAAGGGGAACCGGAAGACUUCUUGCCCUAUAAAAAUACACCAGUUUGAAGGACACUUCAUGAAGCUGCAGGCUGACUCCAACUACCUUCUAUCCAAGGAAUAUGAGGACUUAAAAGAUGUGGGUCGGAACCAGUCAUGUGACAUUGCACUUCUGCCAGAGAACAGAGGAAAGAAUCGAUACAACAAUAUAUUGCCCUACGAUGCGUCUCGAGUGAAGCUGUCCAAUGUGGAUGAUGAUCCAUGCUCCGACUACAUCAACGCCAGCUACAUCCCUGGCAACAACUUCCGAAGAGAAUACAUUGCAACUCAAGGGCCUCUUCCUGGCACCAAGGAUGACUUCUGGAAGAUGGCGUGGGAACAGAAUGUCCACAACAUUGUCAUGGUGACCCAGUGUGUGGAGAAAGGCCGAGUCAAGUGUGAUCACUACUGGCCAGCAGACCAGGAUUCUCUCUACUAUGGCGACCUCAUCCUGCAGAUGCUCUCCGAGUCCGUGCUGCCCGAGUGGACCAUCCGGGAGUUCAGGAUAUGCAGUGAGGAACAGCUCGAUGUGCACAGGGUCAUCCGCCACUUCCACUACACAGUGUGGCCAGACCACGGCGUCCCAGAGACCACCCAGUCCCUGAUCCAGUUUGUGAGAACUGUCAGGGACUUCAUCAACAGAAGCCCCGGGGCCGGGCCCACCGUGGUGCACUGCAGUGCUGGCGUCGGCCGAACAGGGACCUUUAUUGCACUGGACCGAAUCCUGCAGCAGCUAGACUCCAAGGACUCUGUAGACAUUUAUGGAGCAGUGCAUGACCUGAGACUUCACAGAGUGCACAUGGUCCAGACUGAGUGUCAGUAUGUAUACCUACAUCAGUGUGUCAGAGAUGUCCUCAGAGCAAGGAAGUUGCGGAGUGAACAAGAAAAUCCCUUAUUUCCAAUCUACGAAAAUGUGAAUCCAGAGUAUCACAGAGACAUGGGCUACUCAAGGCACUGAGAUGUACCUGAAGAUUCUCCUGGAGGAAAAAAAUCUACUCACUGUAUGAUUUUAAAACAUACAAGCAAAAACCUUGCUCCAUGCCUUACAUAGGUGCCAGCAAUUUCUGUUGAUACUAUGUAUAAUUUAUUAAUCUGGAAAAUUUUUAAGAAUUUAUGUAAUUUAAAGGUAACAGAUAUUAUUGUAUAUAGUUGUAUUUUGUAGUUUCUUCUGUAAAUAUGUAUUUUUUCAUACUGUUUAAUAUUAAGCAUUACAUAAGGACUAUUUUUCCAUACUACAGUGUUCAUGGAUUGAUAUACUACAUAAGCUAAUUGAGUCUCCCUGUAAGGAUUACAGGUGGUUUCAGGGGAGAUCCCUUGGGCCACAGUCUUUCACUUGUGAAAUUUCUGUUAGGGUAAGGCGGGACUGGAGAGAGUCAGUGUAAGGCUGACUUUGCUGCCACGAGGCUCUGUAACUCUGGGUAUCCGAUGCUAUCUGGACAAAUAUGAUUGUCAUCAAAUGAAUGAGGGAAUGGUGCCUGGAAGGGUUACCCAGCACCAGAUCUAAAAAGUGGUUGUGCCUAAGCUGUUUUCUCCCCCUUUCUCCUGCCAGAGGCUUAAGCCAAAAUGCUGAGCUCAGGGACUGCAUGUGAGCCCAGCUGCAGGCUGAGGGCUCUGAGAGAGAAGGAUCCAAAUCAAAGGGAGGAAUUAUUAAGAACAGUGCUUCCUGUGCUCUUGACUGAGAACGUACUGCACACGCCAAGCAUAAUGAAAGGAGAUUAUUCCCUGUGUUCAUAGCAUGACGUCACCCUCCAAGUCAGUGUGGGACAGGGACAUGCACUGCAUCUUCCAUGGGGCUAUGUUACUGGAAGAGUCCACAUGGAGAUGAGCAGAUUCAGUUUUCUCAUUUAAAGAGAAUCUGGUGGCAGAUUGUACUCUGGAUCCAAGAGCCCAAUAUCAACAUUUUCAUAGGCCUGUCCGUAAAUAUAACAUCCAUCUCAUUUCAGGGACAGCCAAGCAAACACAAACCUCAGUGGUGUCUAGUUUAAAACUUUCCAAAAGACUUCUAGUGAAUGGACAAGGUCAAAAUCUGAAGUUGUUACUCUGUUUUGUUUAAUGUAAAAGGCACUCUACCAGGUUUCUCUGCAGUAUUUAUGCCUGUUUAUGCUGGAACAUAUUUCAAUGAGGUAAAAUGAGGACAUUGAUUCCUUGAGGUUCAGUUCUGAAGACUUCCUGGGGAAAAUUUGAAAAAGCAUCUGUACUGUGUGGAAUCCUCCUGGUUACAUGAGGAUUACAAAAAAAUAUGCUUUUUUUUCUCUCUCUCUACAGACUUAAGUAGAGAUCAUAUUUGUUGGUUACAUAGCUGUACAUUUGCAGAGAGGGUACAUUUCUUUUAAAGAAACAUAAUUUUGCUACCUACCACACACAAAGUCCCAUAUAUACUAUAAUGGAUGUGACUGGCAUAGCAUUAAAUAUACCUAAGCUAGUUAUAUAAGCCUAUUUUCAAACUGGAAAUUUUUCCUAGGACUAUUUGAAAUUUAAAAACAAAGUUAAAAAAACUUUGCAAGGAUGGAUGUGAAGAAGAAGGUUCUAAGCUUUCAUGGUGCUGGGCACUCUUGUGAAAUGGCAGGAUUAGGCUCUGAUUCUGUCUCAGGGAAGCAGGUAGAUCUUUUGAACAUGAAAAGGAAUGACAUGUUUGUAAAUGUGGCAGGCAUAUCACUAGGGAGAUGUAUGCAGUGUGCUGUCAAUUAGGAAUAACUUUUCCUACAUUUGUAAACAGAAUUUUGAAUGAAUGUGGCUCAGUGAAAAGCAUAUUAAUACACAGAAAGACAAAUUCAGGGGCUGGAGCGAUAGCACAGCGGGUAGGGCGUUUGCCUUUCACGCGGCCGACCCGGGUUCUAAUCCCAGCAUCCCAUAUGGUCCCCUGAGCACCGCCAGGGGUAAUUCCUGAGUGAAGAGCCAGGAGUAACCCCUGUGCAUCGCCGGGUGUGACCCAAAAAAACCAAAAAAAAAAAAAAAAAAAAAAAAGAAAGACAAAUUCAUUUUUGGUUUUUCAUUGAUUCCGUAAACUUUUAGUAAAAGCCUGCAACCUGCUUGGCAGUAUCCUAAAAACUGUAUGUUUCUUGUAACACAAGGAGAAUGCAUCCCCAUCAUAAAGUUAGGGUUGUAGUCUUUAUUUCCAGUGGAGCUUGAAAAGGGUCCUCAGCGAGGCAGUGUAAUAACCAAGGUGUCCAGGGGCCAGAGCAAGGCACUUGCUUUGCACAUGCUGACUGCGAUUCGAUCCCCAGCACCCUAUAUGGUUCCCCAAGCCUGCCAAGAGUGAUCCUGAGCACAAAGCCAUGAGUAAUCCCUGAAUACUGCCAGGUGUGACCCCAAAACAAUCAAAUAAAUAACUAAGGAGUCCCGGCCAGCAACCUAAAACCUCUCCCACAGCACAGCUGCUGCUGCAAUUACAGGCAGAUGAUUCUAGGAGAGAGAACAAUUUAUGGCACACACCAGGAAUGAAAACCAUAACAAUCUACACAUCUGCAACAGUAAAUAAUGCUGGCAUACCCUGGCCUAUCUGGAGUGGAAUCAGAGGUGUGAAAAUGGAAAUGACAAUGACAUGGGAAAAUUGUAUGUUCUUUUUAAUCUAGUCCAGGAAACAUUAAAUUCUAUCCCCCCCACCUGUCUAAUUUUAAAUCUCCUUAGCAACAAAUAUUUCACUAUCUUCUCUCUACUGCCACACACUAAAUACAUAAUUGAUUUAUUUAUUAAAUUUAGAAGGAAAAAGAAAGUUUCCUUGGCAUUCAGCUUAAUCGGUUGGAUUUUAAUUUCAUCUCAUCACGGGCUAAGACUUGGUAUUAAAUCACUAAAUACCCAUUUCCUGCCAUGGUGGGCUUCCUGUGUGCACCUGUGUGAACACGCUACUCAUCAGGGCUUCAAAGUGCUCUUGAGCUAUCAAAUCUUGGGAGAGUCCUGUCUUGCAUCUUAAUAAUAAUUCAUCCAAGUUCUUUAUAAUUAACUCCUUUAAUCUCUACUCAUUAAAUCAAUUUUGUGUUAUUAUUCUGUUGUUUUCUGGGUUAUAGCAAACUUCUCAGCUUUUGAGUCAGAUUUUUCAAAGUCUCAUCUGUCUAUCUUGUCUUAUCCACAUUUGCCCUAAGUCAUUCACCAUUCCUUACUAUUUCUGAGUCCACUUUUCUCCCAUUUCAGUUAUCUCGGGUUUACAAUGAUGUUUAUUGAUGUUGGUUUUUGGGCUUUUUUUUUUUUUUGGCUUUUGCAGUACUGGGGAUUAAGCCCAGGGUUUCACAUAUACAAAGCAAAUUCUCUAGCACUGAACUACAUCGAUGACCCCCCUUUCCCCUUUUGAACAUAUUUGCUUUCCCAGAUAAAUCUUUGAUAAAUCUUUUCCUAGAUGAAUAUUUGAAAAGAAAGAUUGUGCAGGAUGUCAGCAGAAAAAGAAAAAGACUUUCUUUCCUGUUGAUUUUACCUCCUAUGGGCCCACUGGUAUUUUCAUAAACUUUUCUGGCUUCAUUUUAGAAAAGAAAUGAUCAUUUUUAAAUAGGGAAAUGUCUGUCUAGCUCUCAGACAUUUACGGACAGUCUUUCAUUGAUUUUGUUAUUAACUCUUGAAAUAAAUCCCCAAACAACAUGAAAAAAAAACCCUAGUAUUAAAUCACUAAACAGCUGUCCGUAAAUACAAAAUUGGGCCUUACAUGUUAUACUUCAUACUCUAAUUCUCUUCCCUUAGUGUUUCUUAUAUUAACAGGAUCCAGUUUCCUAUAAUAAUAAGCACUGUCAAUAACUCUUGCAAUAAGAUGAUCAGCCAUAUAUGAACUUCUCAUUCUCUUAACUUUCUGAUUAUUUUUUUCUGGUUAGAUUCCUAAAAUUAUAGAUCAGCCUGAUCUGUAUGGUGGAUGGCAUGACUGAGAUCCAACUCAGAGCUAUUCUGGAUUUUUACUCUCUAACUUGAGUCCAAUCCAACUUGACCUGAUGAAAACAGUAAUUAACCAAUUGUUUGUUUGAAGUAGUGGGUCAAGGAUUUUCUAGGUUCCAUUUCAUUGAAGAAGUGAAAGUAAUUGACCUAUCAGGACAGUGGAAAAAGAAUUAGAUCCUCCUCCAACAGGUUCACAACUAAAGAAUCAGAGUGGGCGCUGGAGUGAUAGCACAGCAGGUAGGGCAUUUGCCUUGCACGAAGUCAACCUGGGUUCAAUUCCCAGCAUUCCAUAUGGUACCCCAAGCACCGCCAGGAGUAAUUUCUGAGUGCAUGAGCCAGGAGUAACCCCUGUGCAUUGCUCGGUGUGACCCAAAAAGGAGAAAAAAAAAAGAAUCAGAGUGGAUGUGGUUGGGGGGUGGUGAUGAAGAACCAGAGUGGAAAAUACCAUUGUUAGCCCAAAGGCACUGGUACAUUUCUGAGUACUUUUAACCCAAGACUUUGAAUCACAUGAAGUAUUUAAAGAAUGUUUUAUUACAAAGUAAAAUAUGUAAACCAAGACUAUGGAAAACAAGCAAAAUGAUACCUGAAGAGGAAAAUAUUUGAAAAGAAAGAUUGUGCAAGAUGUCAGCAGAAAAAGAAAAUGGCAUCCCUUGUGUCCAGAUUGUCUUAUGAAAAUGUCACAUCUUUUCAUUAGGAUAUAUCAUUUUUUUGGAGGUUCACUUUGACUAUAUUAGUCAGAUGAUUUACCAAAUUGAAUUGAAUCACUAGUUUUAUAAAUUCACUGAAUAUGGAGUUUCCAGACACACUUUGAUUCUUAUAGUGGUUGGUGCCUUUGAAAAUGUUUGGUCUUUUUAGUUAAAAUGCCGGGUAAUGUUUGAUGUAGCCAUAACAGCAAAAAUCUGUCCUGUUCUAAAAAUGUUUCCAGCAAUAGAAAUAUUUCUAAAUAAAAGGAUCCUCUUGACUUAUAGGGAGGCUCCCCAGAAGUAAAUGUAUGCAACCACAAGAAAGGAGUUUUGGUUUUUUUAACUGUCUGUAUAGAUACGCCCAAGGAAUGAGGAAAUUGUGGGUGAAUGUUCCUAAGGUGGAGGCUUAUGUAAUGAAAAUAAGAUCUAUUAACAGAUUUACCAAAGAUUAUUUUCAUAACCUAUGUGCCAAUGAAAUUAUCUUAUAUAAGAUGCCAAAAUAAGUUCUUCCAAACAGUGAAGAUAGACAAAUGUGUUAUGUCCCUUCUAGAAUAUUCACAAGUCAAGGAUAGUUGUGGUUGAUGUUUGCCUUAAGUUAUUUCUUUUCAGGAUUACCAUCUUCAUUCGAAAAACAAGUUUUCCUGGGGGCUGGGAAUGUUGUGCUUUAAUAGCUGAGUAAGUAGAUAAACAACUCCACAAGAAAGGAGCACGUGUAAUUAUGCUGGUAGGAGUCUUUAGCGAAGGGGAAGGCGAGCAGCUGGUCAGCGGGCGCGAAGGUGCAGCCUUCACAGGCACCAGCUCCCACUCUGGGCCGGGUGGCAAGGACCUGCUCACCUGGCCUGAGAGUUGCUGAGCUCUGUUCUCCUGUGCUGGGCUCCUCCUUGGGCUUAUCACUUUUGCAAGGACAAGGACUCGAUCUUUCAUCCCUCCUCUCCUACUUGGGAGAAAUUGACACACAGCUCAACAGCCGUUCAGCAAAGACAUUUUGAGUGGGAAUUCUCCCGACCCUACAUGCCUGGUAUUAACGUGGUCAGUGACCAAUGCUCUUGUCCAUGGAUAUUCAUCUGAUGGUUCUUUGAUUUGUGUAAAGCUUAAGUCAUGUAAAUAAAUACAGCAACUGAACUUAUGUUCUGGAAUAGAGCACUUUUAUAUUUUUACUAUCAUGUACUCUUUCGCUGAAGGUAUGUUUAUUUAAAAUGGCAGUAGAUUAAUCUAUUUUUUCAUACCAUAAUAUCUACCCACAAUAAUGUUAACCAAUCUCUGUGAACGAAGAACUUCAUUAGUGUUUCUAUUUAAAGAGUAUAUUUGCCUAAUAUAUUUUCAUACUUGUAACAAUGGCCAACAUAGUAUCUACAGAAUAUCUUAUACUCCUCUGUACAGGAAUAAAACUGCUAUUUGUUGA